ACUCUGCCUUACUCAAAUUAAAGAAGAAAAAGCUGAAGAAGACGAAGAAGAAGGGGAAGUGGUUCGACACAGCUAGCUUGUAUUAGCAUUCAAAACAAAUCUGAUUUGUGUUUUUAUGCGCGGAAAAGAAAGAAAAAAACUGUGCAUAAAAUGAAAGUUUUGAAGCUAAACUGAAAGCUCUUUGCUUCUGCUGUAUUUGUCUGCUUACUGUAAUUAGACACGAACUGAAUAUCUUGCCAGUCAUCCAGCUAGCUCUACGUGCUAGCUCUUUUAGCUCAGCUGUCAGCGGCUUGUUUUGUUCUGUGUUAAGUGGCAUCCCCAGUUAUAACACAUGAGUGUGUCGCUGGUCGUUAUUCGUCUGGAGUUAGCCGACCAGUCACCUUUUCCACAAGGUUUCCAGUACUGCGCUGUUGAAGGCAUGUCAGAGGAGGAGCUGCAGGAGAAAGCUCUGGGUUUAGCCAAACACAGUCUGAGUGGAAAAACCGACCUGGAAAGAUCAGCUGUGCUGCACCAGCACAUUGGCAGCAGAGCCAUGGGGGACAUGGUGAUAGAGACCUUUGAGCCCAGCCCAAACACAGGUGGACGUGAGGAGCGGAACAGUGAAAUUCAGGAUGCAAAGACUGGUGUAGACAGUCAGGAGGGUGCAGAGGAUAGGAGGUUUACGACAGGCACAGCUCCGGACUCACCCUCCAAGCAGCUCCCGGACCAGAUCUCUUUCUUCAGCGGGAACCCGUCAGUGGAGAUCAUUCACGGUAUCAUGCACCUCUACAAGACCAACAAAAUGACAUCACUGACUGAAGAUGUCAGGCGCAGCGCUAUGGUGUGCAUCAUCACCGUCCCAGCGACCAUGACCAGCCAUGACCUUAUGAAGCUCAUGGCUCCUUUUAAUGAUGUCAUGGAGCACAUGAAGAUCAUACGGGACUCUACCCCUAACCAAUACAUGGUUCUCAUUAAAUUCUGCACACAGGCAGACGCAGACAGUUUUUACACAGCAUGCAAUGGCCGCCAGUUCAACUCUAUAGAGGAAGCAGUGUGCCAGCUGGUCUAUGUGGAGCGAGCAGAGGUCAUCAAGUCUGAAGAAGGAGCCAGUCUUCCAGUGAUGGAGCUGACUGAGUUGCCCAAGUGCACUGUGUGCCUGGAGAGAAUGGACGAGUCUGUUAAUGGCAUCCUCACCACUCUGUGCAACCACAGCUUUCACAGCCAGUGUCUUCAGCGCUGGGAAGAUGCCUCGUGUCCUGUAUGUAGGUACUGUCAAACACCAGAACCAGUUGAAGAGAACAAAUGCUUUGAAUGUGGAGUGCAGGAGAAUCUGUGGAUAUGCUUGAUCUGCGGUCAUAUUGGAUGUGGUCGCUACGUUAGCCGCCAUGCCUACAAGCACUUUGAAGAAACACAGCAUACCUACGCUAUGCAGCUCACCAAUCACCGAGUCUGGGACUACGCAGGAGAUAACUAUGUACAUCGGCUUGUGGCCAGUAAGACUGACGGGAAGAUGGUGCAGUAUGAGUGUGAGGGAGACACCUGCCAGGCAGAGAAAAUUGAUGCACUCCAGCUAGAGUACUCAUACCUGCUGACAAGUCAGCUCGAGUCUCAAAGAAUUUACUGGGAGAAUAAGAUUGUUCAUCUGGAGAAGGAGACAGCUGAAGAGAUAAACAACAUGAAAGCGAAAUUUAAGGAGACAUUGGAGCGCUGUGAUAACCUAGAGCGACGGUUAGGAGAAAUGAGCAAAGACAAACAGAGCAUAGAGAAAAAAUACACUCAGUUGAACAGUCGAGUGGUGAAACUGAGCCAAGAGCUGACGGAGGAGCAGGAGAUGAACCGCUGUCUGAGAGCCAAUCAGGCACAGCUGCAGGUACAGCUGGCAGAGGAGGAACGCAAAGCAAAAGAAAGCGACGAUCGUAAAGAUGGAACAAUAGCAGAACUGCAGGAACAGCUGAGAGACGUGAUGUUUUAUCUGGAGACCCAGCAGCAGAUUGAACAUCUUCCACCAGAGGCUCGCAGCGAAAUUCAAGAGGGACAGAUCAACAUCCCAGCCAGCCCAUCUGACGGCGCUCUGGGUUCGGCAGGAGCAGGCCCUUCCUCUGGCAGGGGCAGAAGAGGCCGAGGCAGGAAGAGGAAGUAGUCAUGGCCUAAACUCAACUGGAACAUGCUAGAAACUGUGUUGCUGCUUCUCACUGUGGACAUGUUUGUGACUGAGCCCAGCCCUUUAUUCAAUGUGUAUCUGCAUUAUUGUAAUUCUUAAUAGGGUAAAGGCAGGAAGAAGGAGUAAAUGUUGAUAAUAUUUACCUGCACAUUUUCCUAGCAUAACUCCUAGCUCCUACAAGAAGAGCAUAAGAGAGGAUCGCUCAGUCACUCAAAACAUCAGUGUGAUCUAAAUGUCCUCUUCUCUUUCCAAAACUUAAAAGUAUAUAUUUUGAUCACAAUUUAUAUUUAUUUGAUCAGAAAUAUUUCAUCUGUGCCCAGGUAGUACCAUAUUAUAGUACUUCUUUUCAAACACUGCGUGAUCUUUUUAUUAUCUUAAAAUGCAAAGAUGGUUCUUUUACAAGUGAGAGAAGAAUCAAGGAAAUUUAUGUCCACAUUUUCUGAGUUUUUCCUUCAUUUCUUUGGACUCGGCUGUUUCAUCUGUUAUGUUCCAAUGUUUUUUUUUGUUUCUCUUUUUGUUCCUCCACUUUAAGUAGAAACACUCGUCAGAGAACAUGGAGGAGAAAAUGCCUUUUUCAGCAGUGCAUUGUAUUGGGACAGGAGUCAGUGUUCACAGAAUGCACAGUAUUUUUGUAUGAGGAGCAGGAAGCAUGUUUUGCCAUGUUUUCACCAUCUAGGUUAGUGAUUCCCAACCACUAGUACAACUUGUGUACCUCAGAGGAUUCUACAGCAUUACCAGGAAGUAGUUCAAAGGAUUGUGUAUGUUUGCUAAUGAUUUAUUGAAACUAUGUGGCUCCUUCCAUCAA